UUAAAAUUAUGGUAACCCGUGUCGCUACAAUCUCCUCUGAGACUUAGAAACCCUAACAAUGAUGGACGUAAGAAGUUGUACUACGCGUAUAAAUUUUGUUAUACGAAAGACUGUUCGUUUGAAAAAGUGUCUUUCCAAAGGGAGCAAAUAAAUAUAGAUAUACCAACUAUCAUUGUAACCUAUCAGUUUGUAUUUUUAAUGUAAAUAGCUCAUAAUAUGGCCUGUGGGAAGGUCUACAAUGCCACCUUUACUUCUUCUUCUUCUUUUUCUUCUUUUGUUAGCAGUGUAAUUGCUAAGAUAACUAUAAAUUGUGUGAGCAUUAAGCACUUUAUGAUACAGCACAGAUAAUUGUAUUCGAUCGAUAAAGGAUGUUUUAUUUCUAUGAAAGUUCAGUCUUUAUUUCCAGCAAAAUGUUCUCCAGUACGCAGUAAACUGUCGAAUAUGAUUCAAUUCAACUAAGACAAAUUUUCGUGUACACCUAAAUCUUUGAGUGGCAGUGUAGGAUAAAAAUCAAAUAUUUAUGACGGCGAAAAGUAUGAUCACUCACCCGGUUGAAUUCAGCCUACGUUUGAUUGGGGCCUGGCCAAAUUCUUCCUAUCCAAUUUUAAAACAUAUCGUUUGGUCAGCAACGAUGACAACGAUCUUGAUAUUUCAAUAUUGGUACUGCAUUACCCAUGUCAAAACAGAUUCCUUAACGGACCUAUUGGAUGGCUUAAGCAUCACUUUUUCGAACACUCUUCUUCUUCUGAAGUUUAUUAUUAUUUGGUCCCACCGACGAGUUUUUUCGGAAACUUUGACAAUAAUGGCAGAAGAUUGGGAUAAUUGUAAAUCUGAAUGGAAUAUGGAAGUAAUGAUAAACAAAGCCACGUUAUCGUAUCGUAUUACGAAGAUUAUGAUUGUAUCAUUCACAUUCAGCAUCACUUUAUAUUCUAUAAGUGUAUUUUUUGGUCCCGACGACAACGAUGGAACGUUACGUCCCAACGAAAGGAAAUUCUUAUUAAGAAUGGAACUUCCUUUUGAAGCAAGCGUCUCACCAAUUUACGAAAUUAUUGUUACGCUGCAAAUCAUCGCACAGUCAACAUUUACCCUAAUGGCAGGAAUGUUAAUGACUCUUAUUGCAACCCUUGUACUUCAUCUAGCCAGUCAAAUCGAGAUGGUAUGCGAAAGAUUGACGAAAAUACUGAACGAUGAUAAUGAAGAAGAAUCACGUGUACCUGUAAUUAAUAAUAUCAUUAUGAAACACCAGAGAAUUUUAAAUUUAUCCGACAAUAUAGAUGAUGUGUUCACGUUCAUAUCAAUGAUACAAUUUUUCUUUAACACCGUGGUCAUUUGUUUCGUAAGCUUCAUUCUUGUAACUUCAUUAGAUACCGAUGAAGCAGCAACAACCAUAUCAAAAUGUUUUCCUUACUACGUUAUCGUUCAUUUGGAGGCACUUAUUCUUUGUUACACUGGCGAAUACCUUACCACGAAAAGUAAGAACAUAGGUUGGAUCGCAUACAAUUCUAACUGGUAUCGGUUAAGCAUUCGUGAAUGCCGUACUCUUUUAUUAUUAAUAUUACGUUCUCAGAGGCCUUUAACCCUAACCAUUGGAAAAUUCAUCAAUCUUUCCUUAGAGACUUUUGCUAAUAUGUUGAAAACUUCUGCCUCGUACGUUUCGGUACUUUACAAUCCGCUACUGGUGACAGUAGUGAUACCAGUGAAAGAAAAACAGAAGAUGGAUAAAGGCAACGUAAGAACAGUUUUGUGUAAAAUGAAAGUAACGAGUACAAUUAGCCCGUCUGUUAAAUAUGGUCUUCACUUCAUCGGUGUCUGGCCAGGAACACCAUUUCCAAUGUUUCAUAAAAUUUACUGGAUAUUAUUCUUGUCUUUGUUUCAAACGUAUGCGUACAAAUAUAUUAUCCAGCAUUUUCAAUCUGCAAGCCUUAUAGAAACGAUUGACAAUAUCUGUAUCACCCUGGCGUUUACUCAGACGAAUAUCAAAUUGAUUAUUGCAUGGAUAAAUCAAGAUGUACUUUGUAAACUUUUAUCAACUAUGGAAGAGGGAUGUAAGAAAUAUGCUUCUAUGGAUACUAAUAAUUUGCUGUUGAAGACAGCUGGUUUCUCUUAUCGUUUGACAACUACAAUAGUUACUCUCUACGCGCUGUCUGUAGUUUUUUAUGUUGCUGGUACUGCGGCAAGUUUUAGCAGUAUCGAAGGGAACGAAUCGCUACCUUUGUUAUUGAAAAUGGAUUUGCCUUUCGAAACCAACACGUCACCAACUUACGAGCUCUUGUUAAUUGCACAAUUUCUUCAUCAAACGUCUUGCGCCUUUUCGUUUGGUGUUUUCAAUGCCCUCGUUUUAAUGGUGGUACUUCAUGCCGGCUACCAAAUCGACAUCAUGUGCCAGACGAUAAUGGAUGUUUCUCUCCAAGAUAAAAAACAAUUAAAGCUUUUUAUUAUCCGUCAUCAGGAUGUCAUCGUAUUUACCGAAAGAAUAGAAAAAUACUUUACUUACAUAGCACUCAGCCAACUUCUAUUCAAUACGCUGACUACUUGCUGUUUGGGCUUUCUUAUCGUAAUUUCGGUCAGUGCUGGUGGAGGAGUUCCUUUAUUAAUUAAAUCCCUCUUGUUCUACGUUGUUAUGUGGAUGGAAGCGUACACAUAUUGCUUUGCUGGAGAAUAUCUCAGCGCCAAGAGUCAAAUGAUUUGUGAAACAGCAUACAAAUGUCUUUGGUACAAUUUACAUCCGAACGAUAGCCAACUUUUAAUACCUGUGAUAUUAAGAUCUCAAAAGGGGUUCACGUUCACUUUUGGUAAAUUUUCACGUCUCUCCUUCGAGAACUUUACGAGCAUCAUAAGAGCUUCAGCAUCGUAUAUGUCAGUUCUCCUUGCGAUGUCUUAAUAAGCGAAAAGUCUAACAAAGCGUCAGUACUUAAAAACCCUCGAGACGUCGGUGACAAAAGAGCGCAAUCGGACGGAGGGUUAUUCAAUAACAAGAUUCAACUUUCCAUGAAAUAGCAGAGACUUAGAUUGCUUGUUCGCUCAUUGUCAAGAAAAAGCAGAUAAAUUACUAAGACAAAGAGUUUACACCUAUUUCGUGAGUCGGGAAUAAAGCGAUUAAUGUGCUUAACCUGUGUGUGUUUUGUGUACGAUUCAAUUAAAGAAGUUUUUCACGCUGUGAAUAACGAGUUUCAUGAAAAGAAACUUUUCAAUUUUAGAAUUUUUGUUCUGGAACACGAAUCUCGUUUCUAUUCCAAAAUACGGUGAUAUUUUAUUAUUAGAGAAAACUAAAAUAAUCUUUCUCAAAUUAUAUUAUAAAUCAGUCAAUUUUCCUGGAAAAUCUCAGGAAACAGAGAAAGUGAUAUACUAGUCAAGGUAGAAGGCUGUUUCAUCUUUUGAGGAUGGAAUUAUCGAGGAGAAAAACGAAACGGAUACAUUUCCGAAAAAAAAAAGAAAUAAAAUGAAAGUGACGGGUUUAUCAAAUGUGAUAGAAGCCAUUUUCGGCGUCAGUCUCUCGAUUAAACGCUCGGCGUCGAGCAAUCAGACACGCAACAGCGUCUGUAAGGCUGCAUCGUGCCAGGCAAUCCGCUCGACGCCAAUAAGGCGUCCCCGGCGUCAGAAAUUGGUGAAAAAGAAGAAAUGAACGGCAUAGACACCGAAGUGAGAAAAGAAGUUGCAAGAAAAAAGUAUGUGAAAGAAGUCGAUUGGUGAAAAUUGAGAACAGCAAAUGAGACUAAAAAAAAAAAAAAAUGAAAAGCAAUUGUUAUUAACAAUGUUUCCAAUUGAUGUGACACUGAUACAUAAACGAAAAAAAGGACAGAUAUUUAUAGCUCGCCAUUUUUUUUUUUAUGGAUCUCUUUAUUCUCCAUCGAAAAUAGCGAUUUAUGUCACUUUAGACCUGUCACUAGCAGAAACACUCUAUCGAGUGAAUGUACGGUUGCUAACUUUGAAAUAUUUGAAAAUUGGAUUUGUAUCACCUUACAAAUGUGGUUCGUUAAAAUUUUCGGUACAUUUCUACUGCAAAUAUUAUACAAUAUAUUAAGAAUGAAACGGAAGGGUAAUAACAAUGUAAAACAAGGAGUGGAAGGGAGAAUAUGGAAAUGAGCGCUGGCUGUAUUUAAAGUAGCAGAAGGAACAGAACUAAAAUAAAAAAGAGUGAAUGUAUAUUAGUAUACGUAUAAAAGGAAGUACAGAAAUUUCUAUGUAGUUCGUUCUGUUUUCGGUUAGAAUAAUUUUUUAGAAAGGUUUUAAAAGAUAAAUCAUUACGCUUUGAAUAGGGGUUGAAAAUACAAAGAAAGUUAGGAAUAUAGGCCAUGAUAAAAAGAAUCCAGACGAAUUAAAUGGAAAACGAAAAAGAAUGUUAAAAAACGAUCCCCUAAAAAUUAAAUUGAAACUGAAAGACAAAUGGAAGAUAAAGGUUCUCUUUGGAUCGUGUGAAGAAUAGAAAAGUUACGAGAGCGAAGAUAUCGAAUAUGAGAAUUAUAGCGAGAAGAAGAGAGAGACGUAAGGAAGAAAUGAAAUAAAAUGAAAAAAAAGGGGGGAAUAAGGUGGUGAAUAUCAAAGAGGAAAAGAUAGCUCGAGACGAACAGAAGGGGAACAAUACGGAAGAGAUGAGAGUAGGAGAGGUAGGGGUAGCAAGUUUGCGAAGAGAGAAGGGAAUGAGGGAGGGGUGCUGCAGACGCACCUCGACAAGGGUAAAUGUACGUACGAAUGCACCCCGGAUUGGCUUUGGGGUGGUUUCCAUGGAGACCAAUUCGCUCAGCCCGGGGAAGUUGGCGUCGCCGUCACGGCUUUCCUGGAAAAUCGCAUUGCGUUCAAACUCCAAAAAGUUUCAACCACCCAUUCGGCGCGUGUAUUCGCCUUGAUUUAACCCUCUCUCUUUCCCUGCCACCCCAUCCCCUUAACCGACCAAUAAUCCACGUAAAUACAAAUAUUUAACGAGACGGAUCGGUAAAUAGUAAACAGAAGAAAACGAGUAUCCGAGUUGAAAUUUAAAUCCUGGUUUCGAUUCAUCAAUUGCAGACGAGAUGCUGCUAUCGAUAAUUCAAUAGAUCGAUAAUAUCGUUAAGAUGAAUGGGAGCAUUGUUGUUUCGGACUGGGCGAUUUAUAGAAAUUUCUGCAGUUUUUUUAUUUUUGUUUUUCAAAGACAUCACAAGUUGCAAAUUGGACGAUUCAGAAUUUUCAAUACUCUCGAUUAUUUAUAUUGGUAGCAGAAUUUGUAAGAUUUAUGAAAAGGUACAGCAUGGAGCAAAAGUACUCGUUGUACAUCGUAGGGAAAAGAGGGCAAGAAAAAGUUACCUCAGAAUAUUAUAUUUAUCGAUAAUACUAGAUGUACUAUCAAUACUACCAAAGUACACUGAAAUAAACUGCCUAAGUUGAACACAGAAUAAAAAAAAAAUGAUCUUUGAAAUAUUUCUUAUCGUCCAAUGUAUGGGGUAAGAUCUCGUUUUCUUAGCAGUGAAAGGACGAAUGACUAUUGUGGCAAAAAUUUGGUUACAAUUUCUUGAAUGCUUAUGAAAAAUUCAAGCACACAUUUGCAAGUUAACCCCUCGACCAGUUGCAAGCUGGGGAGCAAGAUAAGGGAGGGGAUGAUGAAGAAUAACUUUUCUUGACAACGUCCACAGCUACGGCUGAGAACAGUUGAAUGGGAAUUAGUGAUCCAUCUAUUGUUGCAACUCCUAUGUCGCGUGCCGGCUGCGUGCCCUAAACCCCUAACUCUCACUACGUCCAAUGCCUGUUAUGGAAAUUUUUGUGCAACUCCCGUGACAAGAUUGUAAGUGAAGUUCGUUGCGUAAAAAUGAUCACAAUGAAUACGAUUUUCAGCUGCUAUUGUCAUAGAUUGAACAACCGUGAAUGCAUUAAAAUUUGCGAUGAAUACGCUUGUUAGGCUAGUUCUGGACUUAAAAAACGGGGUUCAUUUCAACAUGUUGACCGCUGCAGUGGAAAAGUACAUUUGUUACAAGACGUAGUGAAAUUUUAACUAGUAAAAAUACAAGUAUAACCAAUUCUCAAACUUCAAGCUUUCAGUUUGCUGCCUUACAUUACCAGUGGAUAUUGAAAACCAUUUUUCUAUUGUUUGCUUUUAAUUAAUUGGAAAUUUGCUAUCUAUUUUUUAUGCUAUCGGGUGUUUAAAAUGUUCAGCUAGUUCUCCUGUUCUCGCACAGAUGGCACGUAUAAUAAUUCAAGAAGGAAUCCUACUAUGACAUAUUUUCAUUUCAUCAUAGCAGUUAAAGGUUAAUGAUAUUAACUAUUAAUAACACGAAAUCGUUCCUACUAGUAAACACCAUGUGAUUAGGUAGAUAAGAUAAAAACAGUUGACCUUCCUUAAGAACAUGAUGAAAGAUCUAUCAGGAAUAUAAUAUUUGCUUAAUAAUUUAUAAAUAUUUAUAAUCAAUAUUUAUAUAAUAUUUUUAAAAUUUUUA